UAUAUAUAUACAUAUAUAUAUACAGAUAAUACAUCUUAAUAUUGAAACUUUUUUUAAACGAAAAAUAAUGGCUGAGCGUCGUGGUACAAAAGCUUUAGAAUUAUGGUGCCGUCGCAUGACAGAAGGGUAUCCUGGUGUUAAAAUUGAUAAUAUGACAACAUCGUGGCGUGAUGGUUUAGCAUUUUGUGCCAUGAUCCAUCACUUUCGACCAGAUCUAAUUGAUUUUGAUAAAUUGAAUAAAGCCGAUGUUUAUUACAACAAUUCGUUAGCAUUUACGACAGCUGAAAAGUAUUUGGGUAUACCUGCGCUAUUGGAUGCCGAUGAUAUGGCCGCCUAUGAAGUACCCGAUCGGCUAUCAAUACUCACCUAUCUGUCACAAUUCUAUCAAGUCUUUGCUGCCCAAGAUUCACAUAAUAGACUGAAACGUCCACCCACAUCUGCCACAGAUAAGACACCACUUACAAAACCAUCUGGACCACCAAGCAAGAUGGCCCAUGUGGUUGGCGUGCCUAGACGCGAUCCUUGUCGUAAAUGUAAAUUACCCGUUUUUCUGGCUGAACGUUUGAUGGUAGGCGAGAAGGUUUAUCAUCGCACUUGUCUGCGAUGUGCCCGAUGUGGAUCUCAACUCACGCCGGGUAGCUUUUAUGAAACCGAAAUAGAUGAUCAAUAUUGCUGUGAAACGUGUCCUGAUGAGGAACUUACAGCGAUGAAAGCAGAUUCGGCAACGGGUAACAAUUGCGCAGGCAACACAAACGCUGACUUACGUGCAAAAUUUGAAAGUGACGCUUUAUUGCUGCCGCCUGUUACAAAACCAGCUAGAAAUUCGAUAAAGGAACGUUUAUCCUUUUUCGAAAAAGGUGAGAAAUUUGAAAAAAAAGAGAUGGAAUUGCACCAAUGCAAUAGCAGCGAAUUAUUGCAAAAAAACGUCAGUGAUGAGGAAAAAAGUCAAAGUUUAGAAAAAAAGAAAGGAAGUCCCACGUCUUAUAAAAUGAGCGCAGCCUUUGUUAGUUUCCUUAACGAUGCAGUCGCUGGCUCCGAUAUUGUUGAUAGGAAAUAUGAAGAUGGAAAAAUGGAAACUUCUGAAUCAGAAGAGGAAGAGGAAAAAGAAAAUAACGGUAACUCUGAAGAAAUUCGGGAGUCUCCAAAAUUAGCUAGCACUGUACUGCCGUCACCGCCCAGUAAAAUGGCACAUGAAAUCAAUUCCAAGGACAACGAAGCUUAUUUGACAGGUUCUACACAGCUGAUUCUAGGACUUUUGAUGGAAAAAUCUUCAACAGAUAUACAACCUAACAAUAAUGUUGUUGAAACUCAACAGGAGUCUAAGCAAAUGGCUUUGCAAUUAACGCCAAUUGUAGGCAGUGAUGAAAGCAAUAACAAUACCAGUCCCGAAAAAGCGGAAGUUUUAGUAAAAGAAUCUCCUAAUUUGAUCGAAACCACGGCCGUAGAAUUGACGCAGGAAACGAAGCGAAACGAUAUUGGAACUGAUAAUGAUGACGCUAAUAAUGAGGAUAGUCGUUUAGAAUUAAUUCAAAUUAAUGAUAAUGAUUGUAUAACCAAAGACAAAGCUGAUAUAGAAGUGUUUGAAAGCAUUGCUACGAUCGCUUGCCAGCGUAAAGAGAAUAGUACGUCUUUCGAUAAAGCUAUUGAUACGAAAAGUUUAGAAAAAAUCUUAAAUGAAAAGCGCACAAAAUCUAAACUGUUUCCCACUGUCUUCGACGACAAAGAAACUACGGAAAGACUCAGUGUAGUGAGGUCUCGUUUGCAACAAUUCGAAGUAAUAGAAAAUAUGCGAAAAGAAUCUUCUAACAAUUUUCAUCAAGAUCAAGCUAGCAAUAGCGAAACACUAAAUACCAAUAACUCAAAACAAAUUCCUGAGAUUUUAAACGAUUCGAGUAGAAUUGUUGAAAAAAUUGAGAACGACAGCGGAGAUGAAAACGAAAAAAAAUCGGAAAUUAUUGAUCUAAACUUAUCUGAAUUAAAUUCCACGAAAGAAGUUAAUAUGAAAAUAGAUGUGACUAAACCAGAUAAUGAGGAAAGUAAGCAUGCACCUAAAUUGAAUCACAUGGAAAUUGAUGUGCCCUCUGAUAAGGAAGCAAAAGAAAAUAAUGAAAUAUUAAAUUCCACGGAAACGAAAAUUUAUGAUAUCCUUGUUAGUGCUGGUGCAGAGUCGCAACAGAAAACAAAGAUAGAUUCGGAAAAAUAUGCAAAAAUCGCCAAUUUUUCUGCUCGCUCAGCAACUCAGAAAAAGUCUCUUAAAGUGACCAUCGAAGAUUAUCCUAAAGAUUUAAAUCCGUUUAUGUCAGAGGAUGAGGAUGAAAAUGAGAAUGAGAAUGAGAAUGAGAAUGGGGGCGAGGACGACGACGGGGACGACGAGGAAGAAAACGAUGACAGAUCAGUCAAUAAUGAAAAUUUGAAUAAUUUUUCGCAGAGGAGUUCUAUUUCCAAAUUAUCCGAAAGAACAAAUCCGUUUGAUAGUUCAGAUGACGAAAUUGAAUUAUUAAAAUCUCAGAAUUCCAGUCUUUCGGCAUCGAUAACAUCAACGCCGAAAAUACCACCACCCAGGCCGCCACCACCCCGUAUACAGCGUAACCCUUUCGCCGAUGAAGACGGUGAAGAAUCAUCAUCUAUUUCACAAAGUUUCUCUAGGCGUUCCAGUCUUAAUAUAUCGCAGAGUAGAAAAACCCCAGUUCCUACACCCAGAACAAACAGAUCGCAAUCACAAAAUCCCACACCUGAGGCAACGCCACGUUUAAGCACUAAAACCAGUAACACCAACAAUAUCGGCACCAUCUCCUCAACAGCUACUACACCGCAAAAUUUGUAUAUUCUUCAAAACUCAAGUGACUUCUAUGGCAGCGUCAAUUCUUUGCUCUACGCGACACCCAAUAAUUUAUUACGCAAUUCCGAUCUUAGAUCUUCUAAUAAUUCGCUUAAUUCUUCUACUAGCGGUACGGUUAGAUCGCGGAAGACACGUCGUGCACCAUUGCCACCCGCUCCGGUUAAAGAAUUGUUUCCAUCCAAUGAAACAAUUAACAGCAGCUCGAAAGCGUCUACUCCCGCAUCCAGCACAGUAGGUACGCCAAAGUCAGGACGAAAAAAACGACCAGCUCCGGCGCCUCCCAAGCCUGCUAGACUUGAAGCACAGCUAAAAGUUGAUUUUGAGCUUAAGUCAAAAAACUUGCUUAGUUACCCUCUGCAAAGCGAAUUGGACUCGAAAUUAUCCGAUGAAGAGAAAGCUUUGUUGGAGGGUAAGACUUUGUCAUCCUUAAAAAACAACGAUUCCGAAUUAUGUGUUGCAUUAAGUAAUAGGCAAAGUUCAAAACGUUUAAUACCGCUCGAUAAGGAAUUACUCGAAGAACAUGGUCAAUCCGCACACGGAGAGCAAAAUCAACAACAGCAGAUAGCCAGUCAAUCGGAUGAUUUCAAAGAACGUCAUCAAAAGCAAACAAUACAUCCAGAAAGUGAAUUAGAAGAAACAAAUGUUGUCUAUAGACGUCUUUUAAUACCCUCUGAUUUGGAUACUCCGCCCCGUGAAACGAAUCCUUUAAUCGAGCAUUUAAAUAGAACAUCAUCGAUGGGUGAACGUCAAAUGGAGAAAUUGAAAGAUAAUAAAGAAGCGAAGAAUCGCAAUCGUCAGUCUCAAAUUUCGGGCGCCUCGUCUGGUGCUGAAGAUUCUGAUCCUCUUUUUAAUAAGUCAAUUCAUGGCAAAUGGAAACGGCGUAAAGGUCCCGCACCUGCUUUACCAAUACCACCACGAAGAGUUUUACAGAUGUUACCACUUCAAGAAAUUAAACAUGAACUCGAAAUAAUAGAGGUACAGCAGCAGGGUUUAGAAAAGCAAGGGGUAAUACUAGAGAAAAUGAUACGUGAUCGUUGCGAAGGCCAAAAUGAUGUACCUUCGAAUACAAAUAGUACUAAGUUAGCUGAAGAAAAUGCUAAGGAUGCAGAGCCGACAUCGUCACCCGAAAAUAGUCAAAAUUCUAAAGAAGUCGAAUAUUUGAUACUACAAUUGUUUGAAUUGGUGAACGAAAAGAAUGAACUGUUUCGCCGUCAAGCCGAGCUAAUGUAUCUACGUCGUCAACACCGUCUUGAACAAGAGCAAGCAGAUUUGGAAUAUGAGAUCCGUGUCCUUAUGGCCCAACCUGAGCGGAAUAAAACUGAUACGGAUAAGGCACGAGAAGAAGCUCUUAUCGAACGUUUGGUAGAAGUGGUGCAAUUGCGGAACGAAGUGGUCGAUUGCCUGGAAAUGGAUCGCAUUAGAGAAAUAGAAGAAGAUCAGAGCAUCAAACAACGUUUGGAAUCGCAUAUAGCGAAACGUGAUGAAGAUGAAAUCGAUAGUAAAAAAUCGACUAAUGUGAAAUUAUCGAAAAAAGAAAAGAAAAAGCAAAAGGAAGCUAAGAAAGUUAGCAAAAGCAAGAAAAUAGACGCAGAUAAGGACGCUGAUGAAUCGGAAAUUACAUUGGAUAAACAAAAAAUCAAAAAAAAGAAGAAAAUCUUUCUUUUUUAAAACUAUAAUAGAACUAAAACUGCAACUCUUCUUCAAUGUGGCUCUCCGUCUUUAAAGGAAACAGUAAUAAAGUAAAUACAAUUCCUCUUGUGAUAGCUGUAGGCCAAAAUUCUAAAAAAAAAAAAAAAAA